UCUGUGAUUGUCCCGAAGAGAGAGAGAGAUGAUGUAUUCGCGGAUAAGAACAGUCGCCGGAAACCUAAAAUCCACCACUAAGCGUUUCUGUUCAUCUUCCACCACCAACAUCACCGCGUUGCCGUCGCAAUUCCCGCAGACUCUGGCGGGGCUCCGAGCUCGCCUGGCGGAGGAAUCGCCGUCGCUCUCGGAAUUCAUUGCCCUGAAAUCCGACAACGCGUAUUCAGUGGAGGUUGGGACGAAGAAGAAGCCGCUUCCGAAGCCCAAAUGGAUGAAGGAAUCCAUUCCCGGCGGCGAGAAAUACGUGCAGAUCAAGAAGAAGCUCCGCGAAUUGAAGCUUCACACGGUCUGCGAGGAAGCCAGGUGCCCUAAUUUGGGCGAGUGUUGGUCCGGCGGCGAGACUGGAACUGCCACCGCCACUAUCAUGAUUCUCGGAGACACUUGUACUCGAGGUUGCAGAUUUUGCAAUGUCAAGACAUCAAGGACUCCUCCACCACCUGACCCUGAUGAGCCCACCAACGUGGCUGAAGCAAUUGCCUCGUGGGGUUUGGAUUAUGUGGUUAUAACGAGUGUUGACCGUGAUGAUUUACCUGAUCAAGGGAGUGGUCAUUUUACUGAGACAGUACAGAAGCUGAAGGCACUGAAGCCUAAUAUGCUGAUAGAAGCCUUAGUUCCUGAUUUUCGAGGAGAUGCUAACUGUGUAGAGAGGGUUGCCAAAUCAGGAUUAGAUGUCUUUGCACAUAAUAUUGAGACAGUUGAAGAGCUUCAGAAUGUUGUGCGGGAUCACCGUGCCAAUUUUAAGCAGUCUUUGGAUGUUCUAAUGAUGGCCAAGGAUUAUGCUCCUGCUGGAACCCUCACCAAGACUUCAAUAAUGUUAGGUUGUGGGGAAACAGCUGACCAGGUUGUGAAGACCAUGGAGAAGGUGAGAGCAGCUGGUGUUGAUGUGAUGACAUUUGGUCAGUAUAUGAGACCUUCAAAGCGCCAUAUGCCAGUAUCUGAAUAUAUUACACCCGAGGCCUUUGAGAAGUAUCAGACUCUUGGCAUGGAAAUGGGAUUUCGAUAUGUAGCAUCUGGCCCCAUGGUGAGAUCAUCAUACAAGGCAGGUGAAUUCUAUAUUAAAUCCAUGAUUGAAUCAGAUCGGGCUGCAUCUGCCUCUUGACCCAUUCUCUUUAUUUACACCCCUAUUAACGUGCAUUUUAUGUAAGAAGGAGCGCAGGAUUACCUCAUGGUGCUGAUGCUCAUGCAACAUGUAAUAUAUGAGUAAAAUGCCAUAAACAGGCUUAUGCUGUCUGCAAUUUUUUCUCCGCCCCCUCCCCUACUCAAACAUAAAUGAGUGGAUUGAUUCAGAUUUAUCUGUAAAAUGAAUAUUUCAAAGGUUAAAUUAUAUAUGUUCUCAUUUACUUGAACU